AAUAUAUAUCUCAUCAUUCGUUGCAAUUCCGUUCUUUGUUCCAGGUCGACCCGUGAUCUUCCCGCACAACAAAACAAUAACGGCCGUAUACGGACAACCGCUGACUCUGACAAUGGAAUUCUGUGCCAACCCGACGUACAAUAAAGUUUAUUGGAUAGCUAAAGACAGGGUGUACAAGCCGGGAGAGUCUGAUAGCGAAAUCUUAACAUACUACAUUACGAAUUCGACGUCUCCGAACUGUUAUCAGGCGGUGAUGUACCUGUCCGAGGUUAAAGUUCGCAACAUAGGGGAGUACGUGUUGAUCGUCCGAUCUGCAAACGGCCUUUCCGAAGGCAUAGUAAACGUUAACAUGACGUACGCAAGUGGAUACAACAUAAACACCAAUUCAGCAUCGCAUAAUAAUAAUAAUAACCAGUUACCAAUAUUCAUACUAUACAUGAACGUAAUUAUUUUAAUACUGAUGAGUUGUUAUUGACUGACUGAGCAGACUUAGCUGAGCAGUUCCAUUUUAUAUUGUACGUAUACCGAAGAUCCGAGAAAGAAAGGAAAGAAGUAUUGAAGCAAGUUAUAUUAUAACAUUGGUUUCGACGAAACGUUUUUUUUUUUUGCAUAAAGAUAAACGUUCACGAGAUAUUUAUAAUAUAUUGUUGACUUAUUAUUCGAAUGGGAAAGAUGAUGAUGAUGAUGAUGAUGAUGUAUCUAGUUUCUGAUUUUUUGCAAAGUGAGAAGAAGAUGAUAAAUACACAUAUGUAUAAAAAAAGAAGUAAUAUUUAUAAAAGUAAACUGAAAAAAAAAAUUGUUAAUAGG